AUGGCUACAGAGGUGAGGACCCAUUUGAAUGAACAUCCACGGAUGAGUCCAAAGGCUGAGCCGAAGACUGAGAAGAAGUCAGGGCCCAGGCCAAGGAGUCACGGGGACAGCGGGCCACAGAGAGAACUGGUGAUCCCAGGCAUCGUGGAUUUCGAGCUGACCCAAGAGGCAGUGAGGACCCCCAAGCCCCAAACCCCUGGUGCCUACCGCUUUGGGCGCCUCAGCCACCACUCCUUCUUCUCCCGGCACCACCCCCACCCCCAGCGCGUGACCCACAUCCAAGAUCUCACUGGGAAGCCCGUCUGUGUCGUCCGGGACAAGUUCUCUCUGGCCCCAUUGCCUCCGGCCAUGAUCUCAGCCCACUGUCUGAUGACGAUGCCCACCAUCUCUGGCCCCAUCGGAGACCCACAGUCCAAUCGAGACCCUCGGCUUUCUUCUGAGACCUGGAAGAGGGAGUUGAAGGACCUGGCUUCCAGGGUGGCCGUCUUCACCAAGGAGAAUGAGAUGAAGAACAAAGAGUCUCUGCUACUUUUCUUCCUGCAAAAGGAGGAGCCACAGCGAGAGCAGGGGGCAAAGUACUCGGCCGAGACUGGGAGGCUCAUCCCAGCUUCCACCCAUGCCACUGGCUGCCGCAGCUCCCGCCAGGGCCAGCGCAACCACCCUUCAGGCCGAGAUGGAGGAGUCCAGACCUUCGUGCUGCAGGACCAGGAGCUGCUGAUCCUGGAGCUCCUCUGCCAGAUCCUGCAAACAGACUCACUGAGCGCCAUCCAGUUCUGGCUACUCUGUGCUCCCCCAAAGGAAAAGGACCUGGCGCUGGGACUCCUGCAGACAGCAGUUGCUCAGCUACUCUCCCAGCCCCUAGUCUCUAUUCCGACAGAAAAACUCCUGAACCAGCUUCAAGAAGCUCAAGAUGCACCCCAAGAGAAGCAACAGCCAUACUACAGUCAAUCCUCGAAGAAGACGAAGUCACCACCUGUACCAAGGAGCGAAAAGCCAGAGUACGUUGGAGCUGCACAAGUUCUCCGCAUGCAGUCGAGCCACAACUCAGAAGACAAAGGGUCCGAGCCAAAGGCAGAGAGCUGA